AUGUCCAGCAAGCUGUUGAGGAAGCAGCUGGCCGCGCUGCACACGAACGAGGCCGACUCAGGCAAGGGCAAUCUGAGUGCGGGCAAGGGCAUCAGUAAGCCGGCGCAUAAGGAAAAGGGCAGGAAGGUUGGGAGCCGUUCCUCCUCGAAGGUGACUCAAACAAAGGAGGAGAUCGUGGCGAGGAACUUGGCCUGGCACAAGCAGACAAAGAAGACGCAGGAGGCGACCCUGGAGCUUAUGAACAAGGUGUGA